ACUUGAUUUCAGAUACUCGCUGGUUCGCUCGUCAGACGCAAGGUCGCUGCCCGCUGCUGCGCUCCAGUCGACGACGACGUUGCUGCGUUCAAAGAGAGGCAGAGCAGAAGAAGAGAGGCCGUGCAAGAGCUCCGACAUCUUUGAUUUUCUUCUUCCCAGCCAGCGUCGGAAGGCACACGAGGUACUUUGCAUCCUUCACUCCGCACAGCGGCAGCGCUCGCUCUGGAUAGGGAGAAGAAGGAAGAGAGGGAGAGAAGAGACCUGACUUGACCCAAGCGGAGGACGGAGAGGGCUAUCUCUUGUUCACUCAGUUCGGUCACCAGUGCACAUCAAACCUCUUUCUCCCAGAGUGGUUCCCGAUAGACGUGAAGUCUUUUUUGCCACACGGUCCACGAUUUAGAUUGUAACCAGAAUCCUGGUCUUCUGUGUUAAUUUUGAUUCCCAUCGCUUGUCCCGAGCUCAACUAGACUGCUGCUUUCACUUUGCACAAUUUACCUGCGUUCGUGGUGAUUGCUCAUGAUCCUUGUAUCGGAAGAUCUCGAAGUGAUAUUUGUUUUGCUAUUUGUGCACAGUGCAAGAAGUCUCAUGCCCAGCAGACACUACGACGGGAAGAUAAGUUUUCUUCGGGAGAGCCGGCUUUCGGAUCGAGGAGAGUGCUUCCUGUAGGCCGGGUUACAUUUCGCUCGCGCAUGCCAAGCAGCAAACGUUUCUUAAUCUCUGAGAGUGGAGGAGAGAAUGGAAGGUGCAGGUGCGUCCUUCUUUAGUCACGCUGCUGAACUGGCGACACGGGAAAUGGACUCCGCACACGAGGAACCGGAGCUUCCCUCCGCCAUCCAGGACCUUCUACAGCGUCUGGAAGGACAAGGCGAGCCUAUAACGGAGCUUCCCAGAUUAAGCGGUCCAGAAUUUCGGGAGUUCUUUCCGCGGUGGGUAGCACCCUCGACAGUCAUAGGGUGGCAAAGCCAAGUGCGUCGUCGAGUGCUGGAGGCAAUCGGCAGGUGCAACACCUUUGAGAUUCUGGACGUGUUCAAUUUUUGUGGGGGAUUAAUAUCAACGUUGACGCCGAGCGAGUGGGAGGUAGUUCUCAGAGGUUUCAGGUGUAGCACCGUUCUAAAAAAGAUAACCGUUUAUGGGUUAUAUUUUUCUAUCUCUUCAGAUUCUCUUGAUGCGGAUAAAGAGAGCUUGUGUUUACAGCUGGGGAGAAUUCUGAAUUCCUCUAGCGUAACAGAGUUACAAGUGCGUGACGAAUUGAGUGCCAGAUGUCUCUCGAAUCUCGCCUCAGGUCUGCGAGGACGUUCCGAUUCUAAACUCAAGUCUUUAGAUUUAUGGGGAAAGUGGGAAAAGUGGGAGGACUCGAGUGCGGUGAAGUAUGUGGCUGACAUGAUCAAUAGUGCUCCUCUAUUAGAAACGUUGCGUUUAGGCGGCUAUUUUGAGGACAUGGAGGACGAGACCCUUGGAAUCCUGUCCCAGGCUUUGAUCCAGAGCUUGGCUUUGAAAGAAUUUACCUUAGACCAGGCGGGGAAGUGGGCAGGGCCCUUGUUGCUGAAAGCAUUGGCCGGAGACCAUCGCAACCGAUCCAUUGAACGUCUUCGGCUGAGGUUCAUGAAGGGACUCGGAGACUGUUUAAGGGAACUUCUUAUUUCCAACCCAUCAUUGAAGGAAGUGGAGCUAGACGAACUUCACAUGGAGCCUGAGCAAGCGCACCAGCUCGGCGAAGCCAUACGUGACAAUGCCAUAGCGACAACUAUACUUGUUAGGUUUCGUGGUGAAGAAUGGAAGUCAAUAGAAGCUCUUGCUCUUUCUGCUAGCUCCAUCUUCAGUCACGCUGCUGAACUGGCGACACGGGAAAUGGACUCCGCACACGAGGAACCGGAGCUUCCCUCCGCCAUCCAGGACCUUGUACAGCGUCUGGAAGGACAAGGCGAGCCUAUAACGGAGCUUCCCGAUUUUGUGUCCUGGAGUGAACCACUCUCGACAAUCAUAGGGUGGCGAAGCCAAGUGCGUCUUCGAGUGCUGGAGGCAAUCGGCAGCUGCAACACCCUUGAGAUUCUGAACGUGCGCAGAUUUUGUGGGGGAAAUUUAUCGACGUUGACGGCAAGGGAGUGGGAGGUAGUUCUCAGAGGUUUCAGGUGUAGCACCGUUCUAAAAAAGAUAACCGUUGCUGGGUUAUUCUCUUCAGAUGAUGCGGAUAAGGAGAGCUUGUGUUUACAGCUGGGGAGAAUUCUGAAUUCCUCUAGCGUAACAGAGUUAGCAGUGCGUGCCAGAUUGAGUGCCAGAUGUCUCUCGAAUCUCGCCUCAGGACUGCGAGGACAUUCCGAUUCUAAACUCAAGUCUUUAGAUUUAUGGAGAGCGUGGAAGGACUCGAGUGGGGUGAAGUAUGUGGCUGACAUGAUCAAUAGUGCUCCUCUAUUAGAAACGUUGCGUUUAGGCGGCUAUUGGGAGGACAUGGAGGACGAGACCGUUGGAAUCCUGUCCCAGGCUUUGAUCCAGAGCUUGGCUUUGAAAGAAUUUACCUUAGACCGGGCAAGGGAGUGGGCAGGGCGCUUGUUGCUGAAAGCAUUGGCCGGAGACGAUCGCAACCGAUCCAUUGAACGUCUUCGGCUAAAGGAUAUGGAUGGACUCGGAGACUGUUUAAGGGAACUUCUUAUUUCCAACCCAUCAUUGAAGGAAGUGGAGCUCCACCCACUUCUCAUGGAGCCUGAGAAAGCGCACCAGCUCGGCGAAGCCAUACGUGACAAUGCCAUAGCGACAACUAUACUUGUUAGGUUUCGUGGUGAAGAAUGGAAGUCAAUAGAAGCUCUUGCUCGUUCUGCUAGCUCCGAAGUCAACGACCCCACUCUGGAGAUUACACUCCAUGUUGUGAGUGAAGAUGAAGUGAUGUUAUCAUUAAACCUAUUAGGUAGGGUACUGCGAGGGGAAAUCACAUCUCUGAAAUCUCUGAGUAUAUCUCGAGACGAAGAUGAUAGAAAGAUUAUCACGUUCAGUAUACCCCCUAUGAAUGGAAAAAGUGGAGAAACUUCAGUCCUGAAGAGACUGGAAUUAUCUGUCCGAAGCGAAGAUCUUUCGAAGGAGCAAUGGGAGGACCUGCUUCGGUGCAUGCGAGGGAACCUCACUCACUUGGAUUUGUCUGACUCCGAACUCGACGAGAAGGCGUUCAGGGACCUGAUGGGGGUCCUGCAAGUUAACUUGGCUCUCCAGGAAAUCGACGUCUCCCGAACAUCAUGGGCAACUGACGGAAAGGCGGCGCAGAUUGAAGAGGCCCUGAAGCAGAAUCAAAAGCGGGCCGUCUACAUGUCUGUGUUCCGAGAAGCCAACUUAACAUUUGGAGAUGCAAAAGCUGGUAGACUCUUCUUAUGCGGCUCUCCUAGAGCAGGAAAAACUCAACUGCGUAAAACCCUGAUGAGUAUCAAUCAUAGCUGGCUACUCGGAAGCAGUCUAUCCAUUGAUUGGGUAGACUGCUUCCGAGUAGCUGAACGACUCUGGAGGACCAAAGGCAUCGAAGUGGAGUAUUUGCAAACUAUUGACAAAAUGCAAAUCUCAGUUUGGGAUCUUGCGGGACAAUCAAUUUUUCGUACCCUUCAGAAUGUGCUAUUUCCUCAAACCAACAAUUUUUGUGUUUUUCUUUUUGUGUAUAGCCCUUUUUGUGACAACACAUCUAAAAACAAACCAGACUCUUGUUUCAAAACCGAGUUGGAGGAUUGGUUAAGCUUCAUCACAUCCAGUGUUAAGAUCACGGGACGUGAUCUUCCCCAAGUUUUUGUUGUCAUUUCUCACAAAGAUAAAGCCAAAUACAGCUCUGUGAGUUGGACUCAGACCAUAAUUGAAGAACUCAACCAAAGAUUCGCAAAUUUUGUGGAUCUACUCCCUGUUCAAGAGUGUUUUCAUGUGGAUGCUAGGAAUAAAAAACAAAUUAUUCCUCUCAACCGUCACAUUCUUGAAAAUUUUAACAAGUUGUUGAGUGAAAAAUCUCCACAAGUUCCUCUAUUAUGUUCUCAACUCAUCUCCCUCUUCGUUGCAGAAACCAAGAAGAACAGAAGUUGCCCUCAGUGGUCAUAUGAUCAAUUUCAUGAUUUUUGUGCUCCCUACUUGAAAAAAUUCAUUCCUUCUUCUUCUCGUCACUUUGAGGAUGAUUCGAAGAUAAUGGAGUCUAUCAUAUUCUACUUGAAUGAGGUUGGAUCUAUCAUAUACAUUUCCAACCUUAAGUACAUCAUUGUAGAUCCCAACUGGCUUACUAAUACCUUCCUGGGUGAGCUGAUAGCUCUUGGUCAAAACUUUCAAGCUCAAGAGACAGAGUUUUCUAAUAGAACGUGCCCAUACGGUGCAAGCAAGGACGGAUUUGUGAGUGAGAGUGUCUUUGUUCGGUUGAUAGAAGAGUUUUUGCGAGAGCAAGCACAUGGCCAGAGUGGUGUGGGCAGAGAGCAGCUUGAAAACAUCCUUGUCAAUUUAGAUUUGUGUUUCAAGCUGGAAGAUAGUUCUCAGUAUUUCAUUCCUUCCUUCAUCCCUGAGCAUGCAAGCAAGGAAGAACAUGACCAUCAAGAAGGGGCGCACUUGAAGUUGAUGUGUUGGGAAAAUACAAGAGAGAAUUCACAGUUUGUUGGCAUUCGGAUUCAGUGCCAAGAUGGGAGAACAAUGUCAUUGACGGCUGCAUUUUUUCCACGCUUGCAGGUGAGGUUGAAUCAUGCUUUCACACACACAGAUAAAUUGUUAUAUGCGUCAAGUUCUGUUUGUAAUUUGCGUAUGAUGAAGCAAUUGUUUCCUUUCCAUUAAAUGCAAUGAAUAAUUUGAAUGUCCCACUCGAGAUUUACCAAAUUUUCUAUGAUUGUAGAUGUUCAUGAGACGCAAGUUGAAAUCCGAUAUGCAUGUUCUCGAGGAGAAUAUUACCUGCUCUCGACAUUAUCUACGACUUUUUGAUGAAGGGCAUCAAAUAUAUAUCGAGCACGUUCACAGUGAAAAGUCUCACAAAUACGUAGAUGUUUUGAUGUUAUGCUCAAGGCAUAAGUCAGGGGAGGAGGCUACUAAAUAUGUGAUGAGGCAUAUCGUCCAGGAAUUGAUAUUGUUUUGCGCAUCAUCAAAAGGCUGUCCCGGGGUGGCGUUAGUGCUAGGUGUGAUUCAAACAUUUUGCGUGGAGAAGCGGAUUCCGAGUCAUCUCAGAGGAGCCAUUCUGAUCGAGAAGCUGAAAUCGGACUUCAUUUGUAGCAUCAAAAACAAACUUGAGGAAACGUCAAUGGAAAGGUUGCACUUGAUGGAGAAGAAGGAAGAGUUGUUCAACUAUGAGCACUGUUGGCCCCAGAUUGAAGGGCACACUGGCGGAAUAUCCGAACGAGCAAGAGAUUUGUUGUGGGAGAGCGAUGUGGAAGCAAUUGUGAACGAGAUUCGACGGAAACAAAUUGAAGAAUUGAAGUCAUUGCACGAAGGUCUAAGUAGCGUGGACAAUGAUUUGUCUCAGUGUUAUCCUGAAGCUGAAAACAUGGUUAGCGACUCAAAUUUCCUGCCAAUGAAAGACCUCAAAUCACUCACAUCCAGGUGCUUGAGUCGUGCCAGCACAAGUGUGGAGAAUUCAAGUGUGGAGACCCAACUUUUUUUGUUCAAGAUGGACCAGCUAAAAGAAGAGCUUGUACAAAAGAUUGAUGGUUUGGACGAGAGGUUGAGAUCAGUGCAGAGCAUUCUGCAGAGAAUGGAGAUGAAGAUGGGACAAAUACUCUCUUUGCACCAAGAACUGCAGUCAACGCUGAGUGCAUUUGUGUCUAAAGUGGACAGGAUAAUUCAGUAUUCUGAUUCGCUUCAGCAGGCCAGUGUGCCCAAGAGACCUUACGUUACGAACGAUGUUAAUCUCUUCUAUCGAAUUAGUGCGCUUUUGCAUAACGGAACAACCGUUCGCUUACAAUUGAUGUGUGAGUCACUGACUGGGUUUCACACUGUCAAAGAUCAAGAAGGUUUGAAGAUACGCUUGGAUCGGGAGAAUAGCUCGUGGAUUCGGAAAACUAUCGAAAUCUCAUACAAAGUCAUGUAUUAUGCUAUGAAGGCUGGACUGGAUAAGACAGUCAGUUUGGGCGGGGCGAUUCCGGACUGGGGAGAUUUAAAAUCUGAUAUUGUUCAACUAGACGGUAUUAGUGAUGAUGAUCAUAGGGCAUUUCUCAAAGGCGGGGAAAACAAGGAGCUGCAAGAAGCAUGGUUGAGGAUUCAGCAAACUCUUGCGCCUCAGCUUCAAAAUCGUUAUUCCGAAAUCUUCAAGUUGUAUCAGGUGAAAUACGUCAGUUUAGAUAAAGGUGGGCAUGCAUGGGUGUGCGAGAAGUGCAUGAAUAAAGGCCUUCGUUGUGGAAUUUUGACAUGUUAGGAUUUUGAAGAGGUUAGAAUGUCACUAGGCAAUUGACAAGCAUAUGUUUAGAC